AAACGUCACUGCCACGUAGAGGACCAGCUGCAUGCACAGCUGCUUGUUCUUCAAACAUUUUAGUUCAUCUCUUGUAUCCUGUUGAUUCUUCAGAGGGUCUGAGUGUUGCAGGAUGCUGCUGACCGUGCUGAGCUGGCUCUGCUCCUCCCUGCUAGUGUCUGUCAGCGGGGGGAAGCUGCCUGAAGCUGAGGUGAACAUAGAAGUUAUGCACAGACCUUUUCUGUGUCACCGAAAAUCAAAGUAUGGAGACAUCCUGCUCGUGCACCAUGAGGGAUACUUUGAGAAUGGGACCAUGUUUCACAACAGUCGAGCCGAAGGUGACAGGCAGCCAAUGUGGUUCACGCUGGGCAUCAAAGAAGUAAUCAAAGGCUGGGAUAAAGGCCUGCAGGACAUGUGCUCUGGAGAGAAGAGGAGACUUGUCGUACCUCCAGCUCUGGCCUAUGGGAAGGAAGGAAGCGGUAAGAUCCCACCUGAAAGCACACUGACCUUCGUCAUCGAGGUGCUUGAGAUCAGAAAUGGACCGAGGUCACAUGAAUCCUUCCAGGAGAUGGAUCUCAACGAUGACUGGAGGCUCUCCAGGCAGGAGGUGAAGGAGUAUCUGAGGAAAGAGUUUGAGCGUCAUGGCUACCCACCCAACGACACUCUACAUGAGAACAUGGUGGAGGACAUCUUUACCAAAGAGGAUAAGAACAAAGAUGGCUUCAUAUCUUCACGAGAGUUUACUUACAAACACGAUGAACUUUAAAUUCUCUCCCAUUCCCACAAACCACUCGCUCAUCCAGUGUUCAUUGAUUUGUAUUGGAAAUACUUUGGUGCAGAGUUUUAUUUUCGGCAUACAAGUAUUUCACUUUUAUAGAAGCAUUGUGUUUGUCUGGUGUGUGACAUGCUAACUCCUCCUGUGUGUGAAGCUGUGCAGUGAUCUUUGAGCCCAUUCCACUCUGUCUUGCAUACUAGCUGCAUAUAUUUUUUUAGAAUUCAAUUGUUAUGCAGUUAUCACCAAAUGUGUCACAACAUAUCAGAGGUAAUAGACACGGAGCGAACUGUGUGCAUUUAGAUGUCCAGUGUGUGCGAUGUAGGGGGAUUUAGUGGAAUAUAGUGGUGAGGAUUGUAGAUUGCACCUGAAGGAGUAGAAGUGAACCUUUGCCUUGUUAGAAAUUCUUCACCGUUUGUCAUCCAGGAGGUUUUUAGGAGUGGAGUUACCCUCAGAGGUCUCGUCCUCUCAGAAACAAAUGGAAUAAAACAGUUUCCUGUUACACAUCAGUGUUUUUUCUACCAAGUUAAGCAUGUGACAGAUGGCCCACUUGCCACUUUACCAUGACCAGCCAGAUAAGAGGUCUCUUCCUCUCCAAAACAAACAGAAUCGGUGAUUUAAACCAGUAAAAACACUAAAGAAAGCAGUGUUUUUCCGAUGCUGCUUGUUGCGUAGGGGCUGCUAACUACGAACGCCAACCCAAAAUUGCAUAACCAUGAAUAGCCCUAUCUAGAGCCAGUGUUUGGUUUGUCCGUUCUGGGCAACUGUAGAAACAUGGCGGUGAAACAGGGCGAUCUCCGUGGACAAGGACCCGCUCCCUAUAUAGGUAUAAACGGCUCAUUCUUUUCAGGUGAUUAUACAGCAAUGAAAACAUACUUAUUAUAUUCCAUUCCUGCUAAUAUAUCCCCCAAAUCCUACACACUAGAUGUUUGUUAUGUCACAAAAAUGUGAACUUAUUUUUCAUUUUCUAUAAAGCAGUUAAAUGGGUAUUUUUACAGGACAUCAGUGAUCAUCAGUGUUUCGUGGCAGACAUGUUGACUUGACACAGCAGGAAAAGCAGGUGUAACCAAGAACAUACCCGCUUCGUUUCAUUUUCUCUUAGUGCUUCCAGUAAGCCAGUAUACACAAUACUCAGGACCUGGCACUGGCACACCUAAAUGGAACGCAGCCAGCAUUGAUGUUAUUGUAGACAUGUGUUUGACAUGUGAAGACUACUGUGAGAAAAGCACACACACUGCAAUGUCAGAGCUGAAAAGAUGUAUUGUUCAGCCCUGUUCUGCAACAUACAAUGUCAUUCUGAUUUCUAAAGCACACAUUAACAUGUACCCUACUUUUAGCAAAUUGCUGGAAGCUGUUUUGAGUUGUUACACACACAAGUCUUCAACCAGAAAAUGUUCCCACGGUGCAGACUAGAAUCUAGACUGUCAAGUUUCCACAGCGUCGGUGUGCUUUUAAUGUAAACAUAUCAAGACUAAACUCUGUAUUCAAAUGACUGUUCUGGUUAAGGCUGAUUUUUAAUGUUCUAUUUUACAACCAGUGUGAGGAAUAAAGUCAACUUUU